UGGCUGUGUAGCCGAGAGCGGGCAGUGCGCGCUGGGGCUGUUACGGUAAACACGCAGGAAGGAAAGUCCAUGAACAGGAAACGUUUUGCGGAAGAAAAAAAAGUGACAUUCGUUAAGGAUAUUGAAAAGCAAGACGCAGCAAAACCUUAAAACGUUGGCGUUCCACCAGAGUUUCUAGACGUCCACUGGCGGGAAGAGUGUUUUUUUUGUGUUCGGUAAUUGCGUAUGAAUGCGGGGUUUCUGCUUGUCGUUGGAACAAAUCAGUGGACUUGGAAGGCAGACCAACAUUCCACCCGCUCUUGCUGCUGGCUGCUGCUGCUGCUGCUGCUGCGUGAGUCGGGAGGAGGGUUGAGCCUCGCGGACAAGUAACGUUCCACCGGGGAGGAAAGUUUCCGUUGUGUGCGUUCUGCACAAACCCCCACGGAGAGGACGGGAGAGACCGCGGUGCGUUCUGCACAACACUCCCCCCUUCACCCCUACGGAGAGGACGGGAGAGACCCAAGGGACAGAGGACGUUCAGUUCGGAUAGUUGAAAACACGAGUUAUUCGAGUCGUGUCUGAGACUUUUUUUGUCGCGGUAAGGUUCUGAUUGAACAACAAGCGUUGUCUGUCAGUUUGCCAAACAUUCAUUUGGACUGUUAAGAUCUUAAAUAUGCCAGUUGUCAAGUGAACAUUUUUGGUGAUGUCUCACAGGAGUUGAACUGAUCAGUCUCGUUAGUAUACUACGUUAUAACUGUCUAAUAUAGUUGUGUUGGAAAAAGUCUGUUGUUGUUUUUUUUGGCCAUCACGCAUGUGGUUUACAGACUCAUAUCCAACUCUAUACGCUAACGUCACACCUCGACCAGACUUCAAUCUUAAGUCUAUUUCAGCCUAUUUCAUAGAAUCGCUUACUUUUGUGCUGAGAAUGAGUAUUAUACAAUAACCAUCAUUCCAGAUUGUUGAGGUUACUUGUACUAUUCGAUCGGCGCUACUACUCGACAACAGGACUGAAACUGUUGUAUGCUCUACGAGGACUUCCUCGACUAUUGAAGUGACUGGAACUAUAAAGCAUCCCUUUUGCGUUCUUCUUACGCAAUAACAGAGCAAAACUUGAACGGUUUACGGUGAAUAAUAAAACGGAAGUUUCCUCAUCAAGGCCCCGAACUGCUUCCACCGGGCCUUCAACCUGGGAUACGGAGUCAAGACACAGACUAUUGUUCAAACAGAACUGGUGAGAUGUGGGUCUCCACUGGGAACAACCGUUCGACCCAUACUGGGUCUGCACCCAAAGUUUGAAAACCGUUUUUGUGCUUUACUUUUGGAUGGUACUGAAUUUGUUGAUCAUCGUUUUGGAUCAUAGUAGAUCUAGUUUCUCACGCUUGAUUUGAAGUUUGCCAAUCAUCAUGCCGUGGUCUGCUACCCUCAUGUCGGUCUUACCAUCUCGGACGACCUACUUUGCGCCUCUUUUUGUAGUUUGCUGGUUCAUUUUUGCUUCGACCGUCACACAGGCUUUACUGUGUCUGCCGUGCGAUCAGUCAAAGUGCGAGGAGUUGCCGGUUGGCGCUUGCAAGGGCUCGGUGGUGCCGGGGAUUUGCGGCUGCUGCCGCGUUUGCGCCAGGCAACGAAACGAAUCGUGCGGGGGCGUGUUUGGACUGCACGGUACCUGUGAUCGUGGGCUCAGAUGCGUGAUACGACCACCAGAGAACGGAGACGGGAUCACUCAACAUGAAGUUGGCGUAUGUGAAGAUGAAGACUGGGAGGAGGGCCAACUGCUUGGAUUUGAGCCCUGCAGCGAGAACCUGAUAACCGGCUGCAACAUCCAAGAUGGCCGGUGCGUCUGCCAUGCCUUGCGCACGUGCGCCAACCCGUUCCAGUUCCCCUCGCUGGACAGCUGCAAGACAGCCCUGCGACAAAUAGAAGAUUCCCGUCCCGACUGCUCCAAGGCCCGGUGCGAGGUGCAGUUCUCGCCCCGUUGCCCCGAGGACUCGGUGCUCAUCGAGGGCUACGCCCCGGCGGGACAGUGCUGCCCCCUGCCGUCCCGCUGCGUCUGCCGCCCCUCCGGCUGCCUCCGCAAACUCUGCCAGCCGGGACACCUCACCAUUCUGAUCACCAAGGCUACGGGCCGCCCGGGCGAGUGCUGCGACCUCUACGAGUGUAAGCCCGUCUACAGCGUGGACUGCAGUGCCGUGGAGUGCCCUCUGGUCCAGCAGGGGAACUGCCCACUAGACAGCUACGAGACCCAGGUCCGACUGACCGCCGACGGGUGCUGUACUCUUCCUACUAGGUGUGAGUGUCUUCCAACAGGUAGCUGCGUCGUUCCCUCCUGUCCACCGGGCACCUAUCCCCAGAUGGUCGCCAACGGCAACGGCACUCCAGGGAGUUGCUGUGACCACUACCAAUGUGUUAAUGAUACCAAGUCGGUGUGUCUGUUCGGAGGAGUGGAGCGCGAAGAGGGCGAGCUCUUCCAAUUGGACGGCUGCCGUUUCUGCCGAUGCAAAGGGGGAGUGGCCAACUGUUACCAUGCCCAGUGUGGUAAACUGCGUUGCACACGGCAAUACACUCCUCCCGGAGAGUGCUGCCCAGUCUGUGAGGAUCCCAUCUUCCCAGCACUGAGCGCCGCCGGUUGCUACGUCAACGGCCGCAUCGUGGGGCACGGCGAGCACUGGCGCGAGGACGACUGCACCUUCUGCCAGUGUGUGGCGGGCGAGCGGCGCUGCGUGGCCGCCGCCUGCGCCCACAACUGCCUCAGUCCGGUCAAGGUGCCCGGGGAGUGCUGUCCCGUCUGCGAGGAGCCCAGCUACAUCACCAUGGCGCCCCCUACCUGUCCUGAGGAGAACUGCCUGCUUUCUGAGAGCGACUGUCGCUACGGUUACCCCACGGACUCCCGGGGAUGCCUGGCUUGCCGCUGCCAAACCAGAGAGGAGCACUGCAGUGCACUGAUCUCCGGAUGCAGUGUCAAGUGUGUGUUUGGCCGGCAGACAGACGCCGAUGGCUGUGAGACAUGCCAGUGUCGCCCACACCACAGACGAUGCAAGAUCCUGGUCUGUGACCGGGCCUGUCCCUUCGGCUACCAUAAGAACAGGCACGGCUGUGACACCUGCAGAUGCAAGAAAUGUCCAGAGGUGCCAUGUGACCUGUCCUGUACAAUGGGCUUUGAGACGGACACUCUGGGCUGUCUGCGCUGCGUGUGCAGAGGUGGUGUCUCUUCCGAGGCGCCUUCAGGCGGGAAGGCCGUGUGUCUCUCCAUGGACGGCCUGCAUCACGACGAUGGCGAGAGCUGGCACGAUGGCUGCCGGGACUGCUAUUGCCAUGGCGACCGGGAGAUGUGUUCCCUGAUCUCGUGUCCCGUUCCCGAGUGCGAGAAUCCCACAAUCCAGCCAGGGCAAUGCUGUCCUACUUGGUCCAGUACUUCUUUCCUGUUCAUGACUCCCCCGUACCGCUCCCCACCCCGGCCCUGGGGGGGGGUCCCGGCGGACUCCUCUGUGUGUGUGUCCCCCGGGGGAGAGCUGUUCUCUGGGGGGGAGGUGUGGAACAUGGACCCCUGCAGCCAGUGCACCUGCAGGCGGGGCCAGACCCUGUGCGAGAGCGAGGCCUGCCCGCCCCUGCUGUGCCAGCGGCCAAUCAGAAGCCACGACUCCUGCUGCCCACACUGCCCUGAGCACAGCACUCCCACGAUGGCCGCCCUGCCCGGCGGCGGCGGCGGCGACCCUGACUCCUCCCCCUCCCCAGGCUCCGGCGGGGCGGGGUCUCUGUGCCACAGCGCCGGCGGCGGGGACAUGUUCCUGCCCGGCGAGUCCUGGAAGCCCGACUCGUGCACCAGCUGCAUGUGCGCGGCGGGCGCCAUCGGCUGCUUCACCGAGACCUGCCCACCCACCUUCUGCCAGCGGCCGCUGCUCAAGAAGGGCCAGUGCUGCCCCUACUGCCUGGACUCCCCCACCCAGCCCAACGUGCCGGCGGGGGCGGCCGCCUGCCACUUCAACGGGCGGCAGUACUCUGACGAGGAGCGCUGGGACAUCGACGCCUGCACCCACUGCUACUGCCUGGCGGGACAGACGCUGUGCUCCACCGUGUCCUGCCCCGCCCAGGCCGCGCCCUGCGACAAGCCCCUCGCCAAGGAGGGCAGCUGCUGUCCCAUUUGCUUAGAGACCUUCUCUCCAACCAACGUACCGAUUGAGAAAACCGACUUGACGGGGGAACGGAAACCUGGGGCCUGGGACCACCCCUCCCACAGUCCCAACGACCUGCCCCGUUUCAGAGGUGACGUGAGCGGGCUCCAGAUGCCCUUCCUAUCCGGCUCCCCCAGAGGGGGCCCCCAGGGGGGCCGGGGGCCGGCCCAGUGUCUGAACAACCGGCUGUUCUCCGGGCUCGGCCCGCGGAGCGGCCUGGCCUCGCCCUCCUCCCCGGAGGACCAGGCCCUGUCCCCGCCGGCGCGGCCCGGCCAGAACAACCACCCCCGGGUGCUGCGCAUCGCGGAGCCCGAGCCGCGCUUCAGCGGCUACUACAGCAUGAAGGCCAGCAACCUCAACAACAACCUCAACCAGGACGCCUUCUACAGCACGCCACGGUACAUGAGACGGAAGAGGCGGGACAUGAUGCAUGUGCAGGUGUGUCUGGUGCUCGGAGUCCUUGGGAUCACCUGGGGAGUGUCUGCCCUGACUGACGUGUCUAGGUUACAUCUUGAGUCAUUCCCAGGAGCGUCUCUUGACCAAUCUCAACGCAGGAAGCUUUUGGCUGUCGCCAAUGGCACCCUUGAGAUCAACUGCACUGAGCCAGAUACGCCCAGUCACUCCCCCGUUGUGUCGGCUCCCCCAGGUGACGUGAGCGGGCUCCAGAUGCCCUUCCUAUCCGGCUCCCCCAGAGGGGGCCCCCAGGGGGGGCCGGGGGCCGGCGGGCCGGAGCUGACGGCCACCACCGUCAUGUGGGUGGUGCUGCCCCUCCUGCUGCUCCUCCUCCUGCUGGUCUCGGCUCUGCUCUACACCUCCCACCGGAGGCGCUGGCUCCCCCUGCAGUGCAAGGCCCAGUGUCUGAACAACCGGCUGUUCUCCGGGCUCGGCCCGCGGAGCGGCCUGGCCUCGCCCUCCUCCCCGGAGGACCAGGCCCUGUCCCCGCCGGCGCGGCCCGGCCAGAACAACCACCCCCGGGUGCUGCGCAUCGCGGAGCCCGAGCCGCGCUUCAGCGGCUACUACAGCAUGAAGGCCAGCAACCUCAACAACAACCUCAACCAGGACGCCUUCUACAGCACGCCGUGACCCCGCACGCCCACACACACACCAGUACACACCCCAUACACACACACACACACACGCACGCGCACAUGCACACAGACACACACAAUAUUAUCCUCAAGUAUUCAGAAAGAUGCAGAUGGUUACAUCCACAGAACUUGUAUGCCACACACUUUGACAUUUAGAGGAAAGAGUGAAGGAGAUGAAGAUAGGGUAAGGUUGUUGCAAAACUGUUAGGCUGUCACAUGACAUACAUGUACACACGUACGCAUAUAUUACACACACGUGCUAUAAAACGGCGAUCCAAUAUGGCGACCGAUGAUUGGGUCUGAGGAGCAUAAUCCAAUGAUACGCUUAGCAGUGGAGAUGUCUAGAUCUAUCGGGGUCUGCCACACUAGAUUAAUUUCUGACGAGGAUAAGAAAAUGAUCUGGUGUUAAUAACCAAUUAUUAACCAACGACAAUGUACACUGGUCUUUUUCUCGUUGUCCUGAUUGAAAAAAAAAGUCUAUUUUGGUAUAUCCUAUGCCUAUAACGCACAUAAACACGCAGACAUGCAUGGACCACACCACCCACCUAGGAUACCAGUACUCGAUAACAACCACACCUGUCUAUGGCUGACCAGCACAUCAUUAUCGACGCCCACACCCAAGCCUGAUCAGUCAAGGAGCAGGAAAUACGCCGUGGAAAUGUGACUCAGUGGGCCUGACACCAUGAAUACUUCAGCUGAGAUAAAACACAUCUUUAAACUCUCCUUGUGGACCUCACAGAGCUUGUUUCCCCCACCCCUCCACCCCCAACUUUCGAAAAUUCACCAUUUUGUCAUCGUCAAGGAAAGAAGCCGGUCGUCAAGCCCAACGCUAUAGAAGAAAGCACGGACGGACGGACGGACAGACACCCCCUUGCUUGUAAAUUAAACAGUGGGCGAAUGGACCCAGAUGAAAGGUGAUGGCGGGAAACGAGAGGGGCCCAGCGUGGAGAGACGGAGAGGGCUAGAGAUGGAGUGGUGGACUGUGUGCCUGUCCACUGCCUCUCUGCAGCCUCAAAAAAAUGGUAUUCUUGUAAUCGUUUUUGUUUUUUUCUGAAGGGCUCCUUUUAUUAGAGACCAACAGUGAUAUCGCUAACCAACCCCCCCCCUCGCCCCCUUCACCGGAAUACUCCAUGAUGUGCCCUUGGCCGGUGGAGGUGUGAUGGGGAGCGCUGGUCAUUAACUCAAGCACUCCCAUUCUAUUGACUUUAUACAUACACAUACAUUCACUCUUUACACAAACCACAACGCAUGACCGUAGCGGCUGGUUUAGCCUGGCAGGGCCUAUAGGCUUGUGACGGAUGUGACGAGGCUACGUCAUCACGUAGACAUACCGUAAUAUCUAAAGAUGAGCUGGUUGUCCUUCCGGAAUCUGUCAAAAAUAUGAAUUGGUGGAGUCCCUCAUGUCUUGUAUGAUUUGGCCUCUUGAGCCAAAGCCAAACAUUGAGCAAUGUCCAACUUCCUCUGGCCCACGAUGACUACGACUAUUCCCAUUUAUUUGGGGUUUAGGGCUGUUUUUUUUUUUUUAACCUGUUUUUUAGAAUGAUUUAUGUCUCAAUUACGAGAUUGAAUCACUCUUGCUUAACUUGACGAUGGAGUUCCCCCAAUCCGGCUAGGAAUGAGCCCGUACGUAGAAGCGUCCUAGCACGCCACUGGACGGCCCAGCGACCACAGGGGCUCCGGUGUUGUGUUGUGUUUUUAGGUGACCUGUUUGCGUAGAUUACGUAUUUAUCCCCAGAGAACGAGUUGAGCCGUUCCAGACGUUGACAUCUUCAGUCCUCUUGGCCCUCGGUGUGAACCCACGGUGUCCCCAUAGAAUUGUUAUACGCCUGAGUCCAGGAAACGGGCGUGUCAGUGAUUGAUUGCACUUAGAAAGUAUUGUUUUUCUCUCUAGCAGAUAUAUUGAAAUUGGGACAAGACAAUGGUCAGGGUUAUGCCUCUGAGUGUUGUGACACAGAUGUAAAGUGGUUUUGUUACUGUGUAGGACUGGAGUGAGUUCACUUUAACUGUUCAAUGAGUUUAUCGUGUAAAUAUAGAUAUUGUGUAUUUUUGGCCUGAUAA